AUGAGAGUUAAAAAGGGUGUUGCAUUUGAGAGGGUGUUCAAUUAUGUUUUGAAAAGGUGUUCAUUGAACAUUGCUUCCUGGUAUCUCACAACACCCGUGACAACUACAACAGAAUUUUCGGUGAUUCAUGUGCUAGAGCCUACGAUAUACGAUGAAGCCCUGCCCGACUCCAUGGCUCAACACAUGAGAGAACCAGAUAAGCGCCGUGAUGAAGGGCAAGGAACUGACACCGAUACUCCUGAACGUACGAGACCUCAGGACCUCCAUGACACACAAGUCGCCAGGGAAAAACCGGGACCUGAGGACACGAACCUCCAAGCCGUAGAGCCAGUGACUGCCGAUUCCACCCAGCCUGACCCACGCGAGCCUCAGCCAUCGCAUGAGGAACCGGCCCGACCCUUGACCUCGCGCAGCCCCAACGGCCGAACAUGCAGACAGGCUUUGCGCUUGAACGAGGAACAUGAUCCGGCUCUCUUCUCUGCGGGGACGGAGGCGAUGCGGGCCGCGCCUCCUCUCCAGGAACGUCCCGACCUUCCUGGUGCCUCACUCCCCGAACUCCAUCUCCGUGUGGUGAGUUUCCCGUCCCUCCUGCCCGGCGAUGGGGAGGACAAGGUCUAUAUAACCAAACAACAAACAAGCAGUGUGAGUUUUCUGCUGUGGGAAAGGCUAGUCAGUAGCAACUCGAGGUGUCAUGGAGAAGCCACGGUCAUUUCAACUCCGUAUGAGAUCUGCCGCCGUAUUUUACUCACGGGAUCAUAUGUUGCUUACAAAUAUCGAAUAUUUAUAUCUUCGACAGCAAUAAAGCUUAGAGAUGAAAUACAGGUUAUCAUGAGUGGAGGAGGUGACGGGCUGGAGUCCGCGUCCUUGGUGCGUCACGGCAGUGGAGGCCGGAGCUACACUUCUGAAGGUGGAAUGCUAAGGGAGAGCGAAGGUGGAGGUGGAGAGGGUAACCUUGAUGGAGGAGAUGAACUGGACUAUGUGGAGAGUGACGCCCCUCUCCUCUCGCAGUUUCACGAGGAUGCCAUACAGCAGGCUGGCACAGGGGCUUUCCAGUGGCUUCUGCUCAUGAUCACAGGCCUUGGGCUCGCUGCUGACACCAUCGAGCUCUUCGUAGUAGCGUAUGUCAUCCCGUCAGCUGAGGUUGAGCUCUGUAUGUCCGGGACUGACAAAGGCUGGCUUGCCGCCAUCACCUUCAUUGGCAUGAUGAUUGGGGCGAUGAUUUGGGGCAGCUUGAGCGACAACGUGGGGCGCCGACGAGCUCUUCUCUCGGCGCUGUUUGUAAACGCCUUAUUUGGGGUCAUGACGGCCUUCAUGCCCACCUACGGGAUCUUCAUGACGACCAGACUCUGCUCUGGCAUUGGGAUUGGUGGCGGGAUUCCAAUUGUGUUUGCUUAUUACUGUGAGUUUGUGACCCGGGCUGAGAGAGGGCGCCAUCUAUCAUGGUUGCUGGUGUUCUGGGCGGUGGGCGGCGUUUUCACGGCGUUGAUGGCGUGGGCGAUAAUUCCUAGGACAGGCAUCACCGUUGUGUUGGACGAGCAACACCACUUCAGCUCUUGGCGCGUGUUCCUCGUGGUGUGUUCCCUUCCUUCCUUCGCUGCAGUUAUCGGCCUAUACUUCAUGCCUGAGUCACCGCGGUUCUUACUCGAAAAGGGUCGUGACGUUGAAGCCAUCAUGGUAUAUAAGAAAAUCUUCAAGUGGAACAACGCACAAAACCCAGGAGCCGAAUACCAGCUCACAGAAUUGGAACUGCCGUCAGGAACUCAUCGUUCUCUUCGACACACUCCUCCCCAGGGCGUCGGCAAAAAUUUCUUUUCUGACUUGUCAUACGGUCUUGAUCAGUUUUGGGGUCUAUUCUUCCAGCUAUUCAUUCCCCCGUACCUCAAAUCGACUGUUCUGCUUCUUGUAGUGUGGUUCACCUGUGCUUUUGGGUUCUACGGUCUGUCAGUCUGGUUCCCAGAAUACAUAAAACUUCUACAAAGUGAAGAAUAUAACAAACAUGCCAAGACUACAGAUGAAAAUGCAUUCAUUGAUGAGAGAUUAAACAACAGUCUGUUCGACAACCGCGUCUUUAAUGAGGUCAUCUUCAACAACGUCACUUUCAAGGAUGUUGUCAUGAAUCAUGUGAUUUUCCUGAACUGUACUUUCAUGGACUGCCUCUUCUCGAAUGUGCGGAGUAGCAAGACCUUCUUCAAAUACUCAAUGAUUGAAGAUUGUAUAUUCAUCGACACCGACCUAUAUGAAUAUCGAUUCAUAGACUGUGAGCAAAAAAACAACGUAGUUCGUGCCAGUGUGCCCGGGUGUCAGCUCGACUUCGACUACAAUAUCCACUAUAAAGAGGUAUUUCAAGAGAACCUGAUUGGCCAACUGACCAUCAUUCCUGGUACUCUUAUCACGUCGCUUCUGAUGGACAGGAUCGGACGCGUGAAGAUCAUGAGUGUGUCUAUGUUUUUAUCUUCAAUAUCAGCUUUCUUCAUAUGGUUUUUAAACAGCAAGAUUGGCGUGAUUGUCUUCGAGGCUGUGUUUAAUUUCAUUUUCAUAUCUGGGUGGAAUGCCUUAGAUAUAGCAUCUACUGAAGCCUUUCCAACUCAUAUCAGGACAACAGCAUAUGGGUUCCUGAGUGCCACGUCAAGGAUAGCAGGCGUUUUAGGGUCGUUGUGUUUCGGGCAGUUCAUCUACACAAGUCGGGCAAUCCCAAUGUUGACCACUUCAGUUGUUCUCUUGCUCGGUAGCAUUGUGUCUCUCAAGCUCCCCGAGACUAGAGAUAACCUCUUGUAGGUUGAAAUGUAUUUUAAAGAACUAUUUUUAGGUUAAAUUUGUUAAAUGUUAUAUGCAGGAACUAAAAAAUUAAAUGAGAAAGAUGUGAGAAAUGGUUAUUGUGAUAAGGAAAUUAUUUUUAAUGAUAGAUUUUUUUUUUCCCUAGUGAAUGUGUUUUUAGGUACUGUUUACUUUCUCUGUCCACAGCGAAUGCAUUGUGAAAAGAGCUGAUGAGAACUUUCAUAAUAACAUUGUUAUAAUUGAAGUUCUGAAAUACAGCUCUUGCACUAUAAAGAUAUUCUUCCUCAUUCAUAACUUUCUUU